AUGGAGGAAAUGCAGGGCAGACUAGAGAUUCCAUUGGACAAAGGCAAACAGAAAGUUGACCCACCUACUUCAGCGCCAAAAGUUAUACCUCAAGCUCCAUGGACAACCUUAUUUCCUAGAAAUCGAACAGUUGAACAUGGUAUGAACCUAACCUAUAUCCUGCCUGAAAUUGUGGAUGGCCAAUUUGUGGUUAACCUAGAUAAACCAGAGGUGGAAAAUAAAAUUGAAAAAUGGAGGAAAUCACUCAUGUAUGUGAUUGGGGAAAAGCCAGGUUAUAACUAUAUUUGUAGAUAUGUUGCUCAAUAUUGGAAUGAUGUUGCAGAACCUGAAAUUUAUCUGCAUGAAGAGGGUUAUUAUAUUAUUAGAUUUCAGAGUAUUGAGGAUGUGCAAGACAUUCUAUAUGGAGGGCCAUACACCAUAAACAACAGACCAAUUAUUCUCAAACAAUGGACUCCUGAUUUUGACUUUAAAGCUGAGUUCCUGAUAGAAAUUCCUCUGAUGGCUAGCACACUAGGAAACCCUUUAUUUGCUGAUGGAUGCACCACCAAGAUGACUAGGGUCUCUUAUGCUAGAAUUAUCAUUGAAGUUAAUGUCACAAAGGCACUACCUAAUGAAAUAACAGUGAAAGAUCCCUCUGGCAGGCAAUUUCAAUCGGCUAUUGAAUUUGAGUGGAAGCCUGUUUUCUGUGCCAAGUGCUUAAACUUAGGACAUAAUUGUGCCAAAGCUCCACAUGAGGAGAAGGCAGACCAGUUGCAAAGGAGAAGGAGACCAAGACUAGUUCCUACAUGGAGGCAAAUUAGACAGAUGAUACAACCUCCUACUACAGAUCAAAAGGGUUACCAACCUAUCAAUGAGGGAAAAUAG